GGCCAUUAACCUCGUACAUCUUCAAAAGAAGGACAAUAAGCAUACUCAUCAAAAAUAAUAAAAAUACGACACAAACCGGUCCACAAACCUUACUGUUUAUAAUAUUGAAACACAAACACCAAGUAUUUCCCGAUGAACGCCAUUACCGGUUUAUUGAAAAAGAUCUCAGGUCAUUCCAGUACAGACACGGGAUCAUAUGUAAACAUUGAGAUACCUCAUGACAGCCCCAUAGAGUCGCUACAUGACAAGAUGGUAAAGGGCAAAAAUCAGCAUGAGCCUGAGGAACCAGAUUAUGAAAGGAUCUCUCAGUCAGAUCUUCAGAUACUGCGUGAAACUGUUUAUGAUUUAAUAAAAGACAUACGGGAUCCAGAGAAACCUCAAACACUGGAAGAACUUAAUGUUAUACAAGAAUCUAAUGUGCUUGUGCAGCAAUUCUCAGAAGAUACCAUUCACGUGAAGAUCAUUUUUGUUCCUACUGUACCACAUUGUUCGUUGGCUUCGCUGAUUGGGUUGUGUUUGCGUCAGAAGUUGUUGACAGAGCUUCCAAAUAAACACAAGCUGGACAUUUUUAUUAAAGAAGGAAGUCACGACACAGCAGAUGAGAUUAACAAACAGAUUAAUGAUAAGGAACGAAUAGCUGCUGCUAUGGAGAAUCCAAACUUGAGAAAACUGGUGAAUGAAUGUAUCAAUGAAGAACAUGGCUAAACAGCUUUUCUGUAGAUAAAAAGGCAUUUUCCUGCAUUUUAUUAACCCUAUCUUUCUGCUGUGAUAGUGUUCAACUGUAAGGUACUAUAUUUAAUAGUGCCCACAGGUGUUUUAUGCAUUGUCUAAGAUGGCAAUGCAAAGAAAACGUGUAACGCCUUGUUGCAAAAGAUAUUAAAAUAUUUAAAUAAUUUGAGUAGUUUGAGCAUAAUCUUAUUAUAUUAUGAUCUCAUUGUCAUAAUAGCAAUAAAUUGUUUGUUAUUGCCCAGUUAAAAGUUGUUAUCCCCACGCUUUUUGAAAAAAAGGUGGGGAUAUUGUGGUGAUCUCCGCCGUCCGUCCGUCCGUCCGUCUGUCCGUCCGUCUGUCCGUCCGUCCGUCCUGGCCACUAUCUCCUCCUACACUAAAAGCACUAGAACCUUGAAAUUUACACACAUGGUAGCUAUGAGCAUAUGUGCGACGGUGCACUAUUUGGAAUUUUGAUCUGACCCCUGGGUCAAAAGUUAUAGGGGUUGGGGUGGGGCCGCGUCAGAAAUUAUCACUCAUUUUUUUAGGUUAUUUUACAUUUACUUCUUUAUUUCUACACCGAUUCACUUCAAAUUGAUACUGGACCUCACCUAUGACAAUACGGUCAAUCUCAACCAUGCAUGGCCCCAUUCCCAACCCUGGGGCGCCCCGCCCACAUAGGCCACACCCACCAAAAAUUUCCAUUUACUAUAAUUUUUUCAUUUCUACACGGAUUCACUUCAAAUUGAUACUGAACUUUUGUUAUGACAUUAGGGUCAAUCUCAACUAUGCAUGGCCCCAAUCCCAACCCUGGGGCGCCCGCCCACAUAGGCCACACCCACCAAAAAAAUCCAUUUACUAUAAAAAAAAUUUAGGUUAUUUUACAUUAACUUCUUCAUUUCUACACUGAUUCACUUCAAAUUGAUACUGAACCUCUCUUAUGACAAAACGGUCAAACUCAACUAUGCAUGGCCCCGUUGCCAACCCUGGGGCGCCACGCCCACAUAGACCACACCCGCCCAAAAUUGCCUUUUACUAUAAUUUCUUCAUUAAUACACUGAUUCACUUCAAAUUGAUACUGAACCUCUCUUAUGACAAUACGGUCAAUCUCAACUAUGCAUGGCCCCAUUACCAACCCUGGGGCACCCCGCCCACAUAGGCCACACCCUCCCAAAAUUGCCUUUUACUAUAACUUCUUUAUUUUUACACCCAUUCACUUCUAAUUGAUACUGAACUUCUCUUAUGACAAUACAGUCAAUCUCAACUAUGCAUGGCCCCAUGAUCAACCCUGGGGCGCCCUUGGGUCAAACAUGCGGCGUGGGGAUACGCGUCGGCCUCUGCCGCGCCAUUUCUAGUUAAGUACUGUAUUGUUACUGAAUAAAUUAUUAUUGAUUGUAGAUUCUAAUACAAAUUUGUAUGUAUAAAGAAUAAACGUUCACUUAUUGAACAACUGUACCAGCAUUUAAUGCAGACCAAAAAAAGUGUCGCUAUGAAUGUUUCAUGUGCUCUGUAGUAAUCACAUUUGGAGAGGGUUGAUGUGAAUAUUAUGAUUAUUAUGUAUGACACAAUGCUUGGCAAUAAAUUAUUUGAAUGUUA